CAAAGCUAGUGGUCGAAUAAUUUCGCUGCUAAUUGUAUAUUAAAAUUAAUUAUUUUUUAUUCAUAAGAGUGUGAGAAAAUUUUGAAAUUUUAAAAUCAAAAUGAUUACUUAUACCAAGGGUGUACUGAUUAAAUGCGAUCCCCGCACAAAGCAAUACAUUUUGUAUUUGAGUGAAAGCAAGGCAUUGGGUAAAGAAUUUGUUGAAUACGAUUUGGAUGCAACCCAUAUUUUCGUUGAAGAGGAAAUCAAGGAGAAAUUGGAAAAGAGGCUUGAGAAAAUGCAGGACGUUCUAGACGGUGUUGUGAAGAAGAAAAAGAAUGUCAUAAACAAACAUGAACCGUGGGCUGCAAUACACGCCAGAUUUGGUAUUGAAAAUUGAAAACGUUCUCGUAAAUUAGACGUACAUAGCA